AUGCAGGACUUUCUGCGGAUCCUCCACGAGAUAGAAAUGCUGCGCGAGACCAGAGAUCCGUAUGAGACGAGCCCGACUGAUGGGUCGCGACCCCUGGGCGUCCGCCGGGUCUUCACCAACAGCCGGGAGCGCCGGCGGCAGCAGAACGUCAACGGGGCGUUCGCGGAGCUGCGGCGCCUGAUUCCCACUCACCCCCCUGACCGGAAGCUGAGCAAGAACGACAUCCUGCGCCACGCGUUGCGCUACAUCCACUUCCUGGACCGGCUGCUGGUGGACCAGGAGGACGGCGGCCUGCAGGGGGCGCCCUCGCCCCGCUGGGCCCAGGGCUCAGAGGACGGAGACUCUGACGGCGCGUUGGAGCCGCAGCGCUACCUGCACCGCUACCAGGUGCAGCUGAGCAGCCAAUCAGAACCCACGGACGGCCGGACCUUUCCCAGACCGGAAGCUGAACUGGAAACCAGUUCUGGUGUUUGUUUUUUAUGUUAAAGACUUCUGGCUCGGUGUGAAUAUUAAUGUGAAAAGCUGCGUUCCAUUUGAAAUGUCGAUAUCCCUCUAAUGUAGGAAAAAUAACAUUUCAACAUUAGCAACAUUUCGCUAACGUCGAAAUAACAAAAUUUUACAAUUCCAGUGGAAAUAAGGAACACAAUUAAAAUCACAUGUGAAUACAUUAGUUCACGCAGGAAGCUGCACCAUCGUCCACUUCCUGCCGGCUUUGUCGUUUCCUCCAGUAGUAACUUCCUGUUGUUGGUCAUGUGACUCGUCUGAUGCGGAAAAAAAGUGUUUCUGUCGUUGUUUUGUGAAAUGAAACAAU